AUGCCUUAUGACCCCUUCAGAAAUCCUACUCCAGGUGCAGAAAUAAAUUAUAACAAGCUUUUAAAACAAGAAAGAGUUAUAAUUGAACGCUGUUUCGGCCAACUGAAACGCCGGUUUCAUAUCCUACAGUAUGUUUGCCGCGUAAAGUUGGAAAAUGUGCCGAAAAUAAUUAUUGCUUGUAUUGUACUCCAUAAUGUUGCGAAGAGCUUGGGCGAUUCUGACCUUGAGUUAGUUGAACAAGACCCAGAUGAAGAUAACGGAAAUCAUGAGAAUGACGAACUUCCUCUCCGCCAACUAGAUGCAACUGUGGCCUUUAAAUGGUUAUACGCGGUGGUUAACAAUGCAAUCAUCCUGAGAUUCCCUGCAAUUAAUCCACAAAGGGCUUCCGCUUUCCGCCCUUCCGCUCUAUGGAUCACUAACGAGGAGAAGAAACGAAAACAAAGGAAAUACGUAAUGAUUGAAAAAAGGCAGGACAAGAUCGAAGAAAAUCCCUAAUUACCAAACAAGCAAAUUGAUACAGCUGUGAAGGAGUCAAUGUUUACGCCGUUAUUAGGGCAAAAGGUGACUCGGAUAAAUGAAAAUGACGAGAAAUCAUCAUUUGUAAGAAGACCUUUGGAUUAUUAGAGGUACUGGUGACACUUCUCGGAUGCUCAAAGCUGUAUGUAUAACGUACCAUCCACCAUUUUUGAUAACUUUGGUGCCUUAUUUGACAGAUAAGUUAUCAUCAUAUGUAUUAUUUAACAAAAAGC